UCACAACUCGGCCGACGACAUGAAGGUGAUCAUCGACACGGACGGAGGGCUGGAUGACGCGUUGGCGAUCUUGACGGCGGUGAAUCUGCUCCCACGAGGCACGGUAGUCGCUAUCACGACUGUGUUUGGCAACGUGGACUUGCACCAGGCCACCCACAACGUCAAAAAGGUGCUCGAAGUAUCGAAAGACCCAUCGAUUCCAGUGUUCUCUGGCGCCCAUGCAGCACUCGUGUCGUCCGUGAAAGCUAAAAAGUGGGAUGGCCACGGACCCGAUGGUUUGGGUGGUGCAGCAGGCAUCGCUGAAGACAGAGGUGUGACACCGAACGACGCAGUUCCAGCUUUGAUUCAAUACGCUCAAAUGUACCCUGGUGAACUCGUGGUGAUUCCCAUCGGCCCUGCGACGAACAUUGCGCUUGCAAUUGCCGCAGACCCCUCGUUCGUCGCAAAUGUUUCGGAGGUGCUGUACAUGGGCUGCACCAUCAAAGGCGUCGGCAACAUCACCCCUCACGCAGAGUUUAACACCGCGUGCGACCCAGAGGCGUGCCACAAGAUGCUGUCUGCGUUCGUCGGGAAAGUCACAGUUGUGGGAUGGGAGCUCACUCUCGACCAUGGCCUUCCGUGGUCCAUCUACCACGAGCUUUGUGCCAUCGACACCCCCGAAGCGCGCUUCCUCCGAGCCAUUUGCGCGUCCUACGAAUCCCACCAACACAGCGUUCCGUUUGUCCUGUGCGAUGUUUACACAGCUGUAUUGCUCAUUGACCCCACUUACGUCCUCCAUACAAAGCUUGCCACGUGCGCUGUCCAUCUUCCAGAUGGUCCGCUGCGAGGCGCCUGCACCUGGACAGACGCGACUGACCCAGCAACCGCCAUCAAAGUUGUAUGGCAGGUAGAUACCAAUCGCUUCGUCAACGUGCUACGUCGGCUCGUGCAAGGCGGCGAGCCCUAGCCUGGAUUCACAAAGCAUACUUUUGCAACCACAACCUUGUGGCGUGUCAUGGAGUGUCCAGGAUCGAACCUCAUCGCAGCCUUGCGACACUACAUCGUACCAAACGCUCCAAUGUGCAUCAUCAGGCUCUUAAGUGGUCAACCAGACAGCUUUCCAUGCGGCCACCACACUCCUGAACGCGUGCAGAGCAUGCGCAAGCCCGCCCCGCUGCCUCAUCCCGCAUAGCUGGGAUCACGUCCUAAAAAUUAUCAACUUUUUCCCGUUUUUGGCAAAACGAUCAAAA